AAAACAGAGACAGAUGAAGGUCAUGAAUGUUUGUAUAUAAAUAAUGUAAUCUGGACGCCAUAAUUUUCGCCGAGUAUUCAAUUCAAUCCAUAACUCCCCAUCCUCUCUUCUUCUCAUCCAUUUCAAUCACAAUACUCUCUUUCUUUUCUUUCUGUUCACUUUCCUCUCCAUUUUCGCACCAAAAACCCCCCUCCACUUUUUAACGUUUCAACAACAAUCUAGUUUCUCCCUUCAGUUUCAACAAUCUACUUUCCAUUCACAACAUUACCUUCCAAACCUAACAACAACAAAAAACAGACAAAGUUAUUAUUAGAUUAUGACAAUCAGAUUUUACGCUUAAUUACCUGUUUCAUAGUCAAAUAAUAGAAACCGUCUUUUCCAUUUCAAUUUAUCAUCUUUCAAACACUCAUUUCGUUUCCCAAAUUAAUCUAUACACCUUUUUUUUCUCCCUUUUCUGGAUUCUCUUUCUCUGUUUUUUUUCAGGGUUGGGAGAGAAGCAGAAAAAAAACACCCUCUUUCCCUCUUCCCUCCCUUCUCUCUCUCUCUCUCUCUAAAGUCAUGAUUUUUGAUAAAGGGUCAAUGCACUCUAACCUUGAUUGCUUCGUUCGGUCUACAACACCCGUUGUUCAACCUCAAUUUCUACCAAAGUCGGAAAUUACGAACCUGAACCGUUUGUGGCAACCAUGGGAAAGAGAAACAAUGGAAUAUUUCACGUUAGGUGAUUUAUGGAAAUGUUAUGAUGAAUGGAGUGCUUAUGGAGCUGGUGUUCCAAUCACGUUAACUAGUGGAGAGACACUUGUUCAAUACUAUGUUCCUUAUCUUUCUGCAAUUCAGAUUUUCACUAGCAACACUUUCAGGGAAGAGGCAGAAUCAGGUGAUUGUGAGACAAGGGAUUCAUGCAGUGAUUCUUAUAGUGAUGAUAGUGAAUGUGAUAAGUUAUGGAGAUGGGAUGGAACUUCAUCAGAAGAAGGAGGAUAUGAACAAGAUUGUCUAUGGCAUUUGAAUGAUAGAUUGGGUCAUCUUUAUUGUCAAUAUUUUGAAAGAUCAAAUCCAUAUGGAAGAGUACCUCUAAUGGAUAAGAUAUCUGGAUUAGCCCAAAGAUACCCUGGGUUGAUGUCACUAAGAAGUGUGGAUCUUUCACCAGCAAGUUGGAUGGCUGUUGCUUGGUACCCAAUUUAUCAUAUUCCCAUGGGAAGAACAAUUAAAGAUCUUUCCACAUGCUUCCUUACUUACCACACACUUUCAUCUUCAUUUCAAGGGAUGGACCUUGAUGAUGAUAUUGAAGGUGGAAAAGAAAAGAAAAAGGAAGGAGAAAACAUGUCAUUGCCAGCGUUUGGAUUGGCAACAUACAAGAUGCAAGGUGGGAAUGUGUGGGCAGGAGGAAAUCGUGGUCGGGACCAAGAAAGACUUAUGUCACUAUUAAGUGUGGCAGACUCAUGGUUAAAGCAACUAAGGGUUCAACAUCAUGACUUCAAUUAUUUCAUGGGUAUUCGACAUGGCUAAAAUUAUAUCCAAAAGAGAUUAAUUCCACUACUCAAAAAAAAUAUCCUCCUUUUCUUAGUUUUUUUAUUUUAUUUGUCUAUGGACUUUCUUGGACCAUUCAUUGCUCCUUUUGUCGAAGGGGUGUGAGAAGAAUAUUAAUGAGGAUAUGUAUGUAAUAGUAGUACUAGUAAUAGUAACCUUUGAGAGCAUUUUAGGACCAACCUUGAAAACCCCUUUAAAGGUAAAGGGUGGUUGAUGAAUUGAGUUGUUUUAAUAGAUAGACUUUAUAUAUAUGUUCUAAAAGGGAAUUGGAGAGAUGGGUAUGGGAGUGAAUGAGGGGUCAUGAGAGGGACACAAGUGAAAAACUAUAGCACUUUGAGUUGCUUUCAUAUUGUAUAGUAUUAAUGAUUGUAUUGUAUUAUUAUUUAAAAAAAAUCAAAAUACAGACAUCGUAUUUGAUACUGUAUAAA